AAGGAGAGAGAGAGAGUAGAGAGAGAGAGUGUGGUGGGGAUAUAAAAGGCGAAAAAAAAAAGAGGAGUGAGAUAGAUGUGAGAAGUGGCGUGGAGCGGUUCUCAAAACCCUAGAUAGGAAUCGAGCGCGGAGGCUCCUCCUACUCCUCCUCCUCGGCCUCCUCCUACCUGUGUCUCCUCUCGAUCGGCUUCGUUGGAUUCCUCGCCUCGCCCCACCUCGAUAUCGCCCUCUUCGUCGUGAUCUCGAGGCGCCGAGCUCCGUUUCGAGGUCUCUUUUGCUGGAUUUGGUGAGGAAAGCUCUCGCCUUUGCUUUAGAUCGAGUGGAUGAUGGUCGAAACGAGCUAUUUCUCUGCUCCAGUGGUUGUUCCGUAGGGGUUUUCUCAGUCUCUUGCGCCAUUGAGUGGCGGCGGAGUUAGGGUUUUGUCUUGGGUGGCUCGGGGGUGAACGGUGGCUGUUGUGCUGUGUGUAGUGGUGUUGGAGUACGUUGCUGCUGAUUUUGUUGUUAUAAUUUGAUUUGAAGUUAGGGUUUGGUAGUAUUGAGCUGUGGUCUUUGAGAUUGGUGGUGUACUCCUGUGGGUUUUUAGGAGGAGUUAGUGUGUGAUUUGUAGGUUGAUUUUAAGUGUUUUAAGUUGGUGAUUUGUAGUUAUGGUGCUUUGGAUGUGAGUUGAAGUGAAGGGCUUUUGAAAUUAGCCAGCUUGUUGUUCCAAUUGUGUCACUGCUUUAGUUGGAUAUAUUUAUAUAUUUAUAUAAAAGAUAUUUGCGCUGGAGCGGUUAGGGAUUCCGGGAAGUAUGUCUUCGUUGAGUAGGGAACUGGUUUUCCUCAUACUGCAGUUUCUGGACGAGGAGAAGUUCAAGGAGACCGUCCAUCGGUUGGAACAAGAAUCAGGGUUUUACUUCAAUAUGAAGCACUUUGAGGAUUUAGUUCAGGCAGGGGAAUGGGAUGAAGUCGAGCGGUAUCUUGGUGGGUUCACGAAGGUUGAAGAUAAUCGAUACUCCAUGAAGAUUUUCUUUGAGAUUAGGAAGCAGAAGUAUCUUGAAGCCCUUGAUAGGCAUGACCGGGCGAAAGCAGUUGAGAUACUUGUGAAGGAUCUCAAGGUCUUUGCUUCUUUCAAUGAAGAACUUUUCAAGGAAAUCACACAGUUGCUUACUCUGGAGAAUUUUAGGCAAAAUGAGCAACUCUCUAAGUAUGGGGAUACAAAAUCAGCCCGAAGUAUAAUGUUGAUUGAGCUUAAAAAGCUGAUUGAAGCUAAUCCUCUGUUUCGUGACAAAUUAACUUUUCCACCUUUUAAAGCUUCUAGACUGCGGACUUUGAUCAAUCAAAGUCUUAACUGGCAGCAUCAGCUUUGCAAGAAUCCUCGUCCCAAUCCUGACAUCAAGACCCUCUUUACUGAUCACUCGUGUGCUACUCCUGCCAAUGGAGCACGUGCUCCGCCCCCCACCAAUGGACCCCUUGUAGGGCCUAUCCCUAAAUCUGGGGGAUUUCCUCCCAUUGGCGCUCAUAGUCCAUUCCAGCCAGUUGUCUCUCCUUCUCCAAGUGCCAUUGCUGGGUGGAUGACGAAUGCUAAUCCGCCCUUACCACAUGCUGCUGUGGCACAAGGGCCUCCUGGUUUGGUGCAGCCUCCAAACACGGCUGCAUUUCUGAAGCACCCAAGGACUCCUACAAGUGCUCCUGGCAUUGAUUACCAAACUGCAGACUCUGAGCACCUGAUGAAGAGGAUGCGGACUGGCCAAUCUGAUGAGGUGUCAUUUUCUGGUGCACUCCAUUCCCCGAACAUUUACUCUCAAGACGAUCUUCCAAAAACUCUUGCUCGGACCCUUCAUCAGGGUUCUAAUGUUAUGAGCUUGGAUUUCCAUCCGGUGCAACAAACAAUACUUCUUGUUGGGACAAAUGUUGGUGAUAUUGGGAUUUGGGAAGUUGGUUCUCGAGAAAGGAUAGCGCACAAAACAUUCAAAGUUUGGAAUAUUGGAUCUUGUACAUUGCCUUUGCAGGCUGCACUGAUGAAAGAUGCGACAAUAUCAGUCAAUCGAUGUUUAUGGAGUCCUGAUGGAUCUAUUCUAGGUGUUGCAUUCUCAAAGCAUAUUGUUCAGACAUAUGCCUUCAUACCAAACGGAGAGUUGCGGCAACAGUUGGAGCUUGAUGCUCAUGUAGGUGGUGUUAAUGAUAUUGCUUUCUCCCAUCCCAACAAGAGCUUGUCGAUAAUUACUUGCGGCGAUGACAAGACGAUUAAGGUAUGGGAUGUUACAACAGGACAGAAGCAGUACACAUUUGAAGGUCAUGAUGCUCCAGUUUAUUCAGUUUGCCCUCACUAUAAAGAGUCUAUCCAGUUUAUUUUCUCGACCUCUAUUGACGGGAAAAUUAAAGCAUGGCUUUAUGAUUGUUUGGGAUCCAGAGUUGAUUAUGAUGCUCCUGGACAUUGGUGCACUACAAUGGCUUAUAGUGCAGAUGGAACUAGGCUCUUUUCAUGCGGAACUAGCAAAGAUGGUGAGUCACAUCUAGUUGAGUGGAACGAGACUGAGGGAGCCAUUAAGAGGACGUACUCUGGUUUUAGAAAACGCUCACUGGGUGUAGUCCAAUUUGACACAACUAGGAAUCGGUUCCUAGCUGCUGGAGAUGAAUUCACGAUUAAGUUUUGGGAUAUGGAUAAUACCAACAUACUAACUACCACCGAUGCAGAUGGUGGAUUGCCUGCAAGCCCUCGCCUGAGAUUCAACAGAGAGGGCUCUUUACUUGCUGUAACAACAAGUGAUAAUGGAAUUAAAAUACUGGCAAAUACUGAUGGACAACGCUUGGUAAGAAUGCUGGAGACCAGGCCUUUUGAAGGAUCACGAGGCUCUUCUCAACAGAUUAACGCCAAGCCACCGAUCACACUGGGUGCUGCUGUUUCAAAUGUUUCUAGUCCUCUAGCUGUCGCCUCUGAAAGGCCCGAUCGUGUUUUGCCUGCAGUGUCACUGAGUACCCUGGCUUCUAUGGAUAUUAAACCUAGAAUAUCAAAUGAUUCUGACAAGAGCAAAACCUGGAAGUUGGCUGACAUUGCAGAUCCUGCUCAUGUCAAAGCUCUACGAUUGCCGGACUCUGUAGCUACAUCAAGCAAGGUUGUUCGGUUACUUUAUACAAAUUCUGGGCUUGCUGUGUUGGCUCUUGGCUCCAAUGCUGUUCAUAAGCUGUGGAAAUGGCAGCGUACUGAACGAAAUCCAUCCGGCAAGUCAACUGCAUCUGUUCCCCCGCAGCUGUGGCAACCAUCAAAUGGGGUUCUUAUGACCAACGAGACAAGCGAUGGCAAUCCAGAAGAUGCCACUGCCUGUAUUGCUUUGUCAAAGAAUGACUCCUAUGUCAUGUCUGCAUCUGGUGGAAAGGUUUCUUUGUUUAACAUGAUGACAUUCAAGGUGAUGACAACAUUCAUGUCACCCGCACCAGCAGCCACCUUUCUUGCUUUCCAUCCUCAAGACAACAAUAUCAUUGCCAUAGGAAUGGAAGAUGCAACCAUUCAAAUAUAUAAUGUCCGAGUUGAUGAGGUGAAAACCAAGCUCAAAGGUCACCAGAAGAAGAUAACUGGUCUUGCAUUUUCGCAAUCUUUAAAUGUCCUUGUGUCUUCAGGUGCUGAUGCUCAGCUGUGCAUGUGGAGCAUCGAUGGAUGGGAAAGGAAGAAGUCACGAUUUAUUCAAGCCCCUCCUACUCGUGCUGCUGCUCCAUUAGUUGGAGACACCAGAGUUCAGUUCCACAAUGAUCAAUCUCAUCUCUUGGUUGUCCAUGAAAGCCAACUGGCCAUCUAUGACAGCAAGCUCGAAUGCCUCAGCUCGUGGUCUCCUAGAGAUCCGCUCCCGGCACCCAUUUCAAGUGCAAUAUACUCAUGCGAUGGUAUGCUGGUCUACGCCGGAUUCUGUGAUGGCGCUGUUGGAGUUUUUGAAUCAGAGAGCCUCAGGAUCCGAUGCCGAAUUGCGCUUUCUGCCUACAUAUCCCCUUCCAUUUCUAGUAGCGCCGGCGCUGUUCAUCCUAUGGUGAUUGCCGCGCACCCGUCGGAGCCCAACCAGAUAGCAUUAGGGAUGAGCGACGGUGCCGUGUACGUGGUGGAGCCCUCCGACGCCGAGCCCAAAUGGGGAACGGCCGCCCCUCCGCCGCAGGAGAACGGACCCCAUCUGCCCGCCCCCUCCAAUCCCCCGGUAACCAGCGCUCCGACGGCCGAGCCCCCUCCUAGGUGAGCGGCUAACCUCAUCCGCAUUACCAACCUCCUAGGGUUUAGGAUAGCGAAAACAAAGGGCCAUACUAAGUAGAAGAAUUUAUAUAUUUAUGUAUAUGUCUAUGAAGAACACACCAUCUUUUCAUGCAUUGUGUAGUUGAUUUCUUUUUCUUUUUCUUUUUCUGCCUCUUUUUUUUUUCAUGUUCUGUCAAGUUUGAUGAUCUCUUUAUGCCCUAGAUUUUUUCUUUUCUUUUCUUUUCUUUUCCUUGUGUCUUUGUUGUUUAGCUUUUCGAGAAUGAUAUUGUUGUGUAAAAUAGGGUAAUGUGUUAGACAUUGUGUGGGUAUCAAGUGGACUGAAAUUUAGGUCAUAUUGGAUUAAUGGCACCAUUUGUGCCCAACAUUUACUAGGGUUUUUGCUUUA